AUGAAGGACCAGUAUAAAAGGCAGCCCAGCUCCCUGCUCUCUCAUCCAAUUCUCUCGCCUCAUCCUCCUUGGGUACCAGACAUGUCCUGCUACAACCAGUGCCUGCCAUGCCGGCCCUGUGGCCCGACCCCGCUGGCCAGCAGCUGCAACGAGCCCUGCGUCAGGCAGUGCCAGAACUCCACCGUCGUCAUUGAGCCCUCUCCUGUGGUGGUGACCCUGCCCGGCCCCAUCCUCAGCUCCUUCCCGCAGAACACCGUUGUGGGAUCCUCCACCUCUGCUGCCGUUGGCAGCAUCCUCAGCUGUGACGGAGUCCCCAUCACCUCUGGCUGCUGUGACCUCUCGGGCAUUUCCAGCCGCUACUGUGGCAGAAGGUGCCUGCCCUGCUAAAGCCACUGGCCAUGGC